AUGGAGGAGGUGAUGGAGGAGGUGAUAGAGGAGGUGAUGGAGGAGGUGAUGGAGGAGGUAAUGGAAGAGGUAAUGGAGGAGGUGAUGGAGGAGGUGAUAGAGGAGGUGAUGGAGGAGUUAAUGGAAGAGGUAAUGGAGGAGGUGAUGGAGGGGGUGAUAGAGGAGGUGAUGGAGCAGGUAAUGGAAGAGGUAAUGGAGGAGGUGAUGGAGGGGGUGAUCGAGGAGGUGAUGGAGGAGGUGAUGGAGGGGGUGAUAGAGGAGGUGAUGGAGGAGGUAAUGGAAGAGGUAAUGGAGGAGGUGAUGGAGGAGGUGAUGGAGGGGGUGAUAGCGGAGGUGAUGGAGGAGGUAAUGGAAGAGGUAAUGGAGGAGGUGAUGGAGGAGGUGAUGGAGGGGGUGAUGGAGGGGGUGAUAGAGGAGGUGAUGGAGGAGGUAAUGGAAGAGGUAAUGGAGGAGGUGAUGGAGGAGGUGAUGGAGGGGGUGAUAGCGGAGGUGAUGGAGGAGGUAAUGGAAGAGGUAAUGGAGGAGGUGAUGGAGGAGGUGAUGGAGGGGGUGAUAGAGGAGGUGAUGGAGGAGGUAAUGGAAGAGGUAAUGGAGGAGGUGAUGGAGGAGGUGGUGGAGCAGGUAAUGGAAGAGGUAAUGGAGGAGGUGAUGGAGGAGGUGAUGGAGGGGGUGAUAGAGGAGGUGAUGGAGGAGGUAAUGGAAGAGGUAAUGGAGGAGGUGAUGGAGGAGGUGAUGGAGGAGGUAAUGAGAAGAUGA